UCUCAGUCAACGAUACUGGAUCAUUACGUACAAUUGUGAAUCUGAAGCACUUCUAUAUAAAAACACUUCUCUCUCCUAACACGUCAAGCCAAAAAAUCAAAUGAGGCUUUCACUUGCAUUUGCAUGCUUUCUUUUCAUCGUUACUCUUUUUCAGUUCACUGCCUUUUCUUUCUCGUCUGAGCAGCCUGCAGUACUUUGUCACAGCGAUGAGCGUCUUGCUUUGCUGCAGCUCAAGGAUAGCUUCAUCAUCGACAAGCAGGCAUUGGCUGCAGGUUUUUGUGCUUAUCCUAAGGUUGAUAGUUGGGAUUCUCAAAGCGUUGACUGCUGUUCAUGGGAUGGCAUUGAGUGUGACGAAAUCACGGGUGUGGUGAUAGGCCUGGAUCUCAGCAGCAGUUGCCUUUAUGGCUCCAUCAAUUCCACCAGCAGUCUCUUCCGCCUUCUUCACCUUCAAAAGCUUAACCUCGCUAACAACCAUUUUAAUUACUCUUUGAUUCCAUAUGCGUUGGGCAAUCUUUCGAUGCUGACAUACCUUAACCUCUCUAGUUCUGUAUUUUCUGGUCAAAUACCGUCAGAAAUUUCAAAGCUCUAUAGGUUAUCCUCCCUGGAUUUCUCUAAUAAUUGGGAUACUAACCCUUCUCAAAGGUUGUUGGUACUCGAAAAGCCAGAUGUGAAGAGCUUAAUACAGAAUUUAACAAACUUGAAGUACCUCAAUCUCUCCUACGUAGUUAUGGCGUCUCCGAUUCCGAGUGUGUUGGCCAACUUGUCCUCGCUGACGUCCCUUUACCUCGAGUCUUGUGGACUGCAGGGCAUGUUUCCAUUAGCCAUUUUCCGGCUACCAAACCUUGAAACUAUUUGGCUGUCACACAACUUGGAUCUGACAGGUUACUUGCUGGAGUUCAAUUUCAGCAACAAACUUAAAAAGUUAGCAUUGUGGAAUACAAGCUUUUCUGGUGAGUUACCUGCUUCAAUCGAAAACCUUAGUUCUUUGGAAUUCUUGGGACUCGGUCACUGCAACUUCUCAGGGUCAGUGCCAUCUACGUUGGGUAAUCUUCCCAAUCUCAAAUUUCUGGAUCUAGCAACCAAUUCUUUUACGGGGUCAGUGCCACCAACGUUGGGUAAUCUCACCAAACUCGAUACUUUGGAUCUCCAUGAUAAUUAUUUUACGGGUUUUAUUCCUUCUGAGCUUACCAACUUGACCCAACUCACUGCUUUGAAUCUGCUCGGAAACAUGCUACAUGGAUCAGUCCCAAGCUCAAUCUCGAGACUCGAGAAACUUAAAUUUUUUGACUGUGACGACAACAGAUUGGGUGGCAUUCUGGAGAUGGAUGCAUUUCUAGAGCUAAAAGAUCUGCAGUAUUUGUUUCUGUCCUUGAAUAAUUUCUAUUUAGUUUCUCCAGAUAAUAGCAAUGCCACCAGCCCUCAAGCUCAGCUUGUUGAUAUAGGAUUACGGCACUGCCAUCUAAGAGAGUUCCCAUAUUUCUUGCGCAACCAACACCGGUUACAGCUUCUUGAUCUUUCUUCAAACAACAUUAAGGGCCAGAUACCGCAGUGGAUGUCCAAAGUGAGCGUUGAAACCCUGUUGUUUUUAGACCUUUCAAACAACUCCCUCAUCGGUUUCGAUGACUUCCCACUUGUUCUUCCAUGGUCUAAACUGCAAUAUCUGAAACUUGAUUCCAACAUUCUCCGAGGUUCUCUCCCAGUUCCACCAUUGUCUACAGUUUUCUAUUCCAUCUCAAAUAAUUCUCUCAAUGGAGAGAUCCCACAGCUGUUGUGCAAUCUCAGCUCUCUUUCCAUUCUUGACUUUUCCUACAAUAACAUGAGUGGUGGGAUCCCAGUGUGUCUGAGCAACUUCAGCAAGUCUUUAUUAGUACUGAAGGUGCGGUCCAACCAGUUAGAUGGUCCCAUUCCAAGUGGUUGGGCAACUGGAAACAGAUUAAAAAUGAUAGAUUUGAGCAAAAACAAAUUGCAGGAGAAGAUUCCAAAAUCGCUGAUGGAGUGUAAAAUGUUGGAAUAUCUUGAUCUUGGAAACAAUCAGAUUAGAGAUGCAUUCCCUUCUUGGUUAGGGUCUCUUCCAGAAUUGAAUAUUCUUAUUUUAUCUUCUAAUGCAUUUUAUGGUAGGAUGGAGAAUCCUAAGUUGAAUCUCAACGUCUUUCCCAAGUUGCGAAUCAUCGAUCUUUCUCACAACAGAUUCAAUGGAACCUUGCCUUGGGGUUACUUUGAAAGAUGGAUUAGCAUGAAAAAUCUGGAUGGAAAAAACUCACCUCCUAAAUACAUGCUUGAAAGUUUAGAUAUGAGGAUAAAUCUUAUGCAUGUUCCCAGGGAUUAUGACUACUCCAUGACAAUUACAAACAAAGGCAUGGAGAUGAAGUACCCAAAGAUCAUUCGAACUCUUGUAGCCAUUGAUUUCUCCAACAACAGAUUUGAUGGAGAAAUUCCAAAAUUGAUUGGGAAGCUCAAAGAGCUUCACUUGCUCAACUUUUCGAAUAACAAUCUCGUUGGAGGAAUCCCAGUAGCCAUAGCGAAGCUCACAAAUCUUGAAUCUUUGGACCUUUCUGAGAACAAACUAGUGGGAAGAAUUCCAAUGGAGUUGAGUACUCAACUCACUUUCCUUUCAUUCCUCAACGUCUCUCAUAAUCGUCUCACAGGGCUUAUACCAGGAGGCGGCCAAUUUGAGACUUUUCAAAGUAGCUCCUUUGAUGGAAAUCUUGGGUUGUGUGGAAAACCCUUGCGAAAAGAAUGUAGCAGCAAUUCUGGAAGCCUGCCACCUCCAUCUUUGACUUCUUCGGGAGAAUUUGGAUUGGAUUGGAAAGUAGUGUUGUUCGGUUAUGGAUGUGGAUUCCUAUUUGGAGUGGUGAUUGGACAUGUUGUGAUAAAAAAGAAACCUGAUUGGUUUGCCAACACUUUCUCCAAAUUUCCUACAAGAAGGCGAAGGAGGCAUGUACUAUAAAAAAUCAAGUGGACUAAUUUGAAUGCACCAUUGGGGAUGGUAGGGAUGAAGAUUGUAUCCUUCAUCGUUUUUUCCCUCUAUAUGCAUCUAUGCCAUGUAUUAUUAAGCUAUAGUUACAUUAUGGAAUGCGCCCAUUUCGCUUUUUUCAUCACUAGUACUCUUGUUAUAAUGAAAAAGAAGUGGAGUUUGAAGGACGACACAUAUUACUAGAAUGUUCCCUUGGCUUGGUCAGGAACCAGUUUUUAUAUAA